AUGAGCAGUUCCUGUGUGACACUGGCCGAGGUCCUGUGGGCAAAAGGAAGCCCUUUGGAGGAAGAAGAAAUAUGGGCACUCUUGUACCUGGCCACCGAGCAGCUUCUGGAGGACCUUUACAAAGACCCUGCCAUCUGUGUGAUUUGUCCAUGGUCAAUACUAUUGUCUGCUGAAGGAAAUCUGUCCUUCCAAAACAAUGCAUCUCAGACAGAAGCUGUACCUUUCAGUGCACCAGAAUUGCUCCACAGACAAAGUAAAAAUCAGCACAUUGGACUAACAAAGAUGUUGGUGUAUUCCUUAGGAAUGACCCUCUAUUGGUCAGCAGACUACCAGGUUCCUCCAAACCAGUCCCUACAGCUGAGUGACCAGCUACACAUGCUCUUGCUGACACUAUGCGAAGAUCUGCCACACAAAAGACUUUCUCCUGAGUCAAUCCUGGAAGCAUGUGAGGCACAUCAGAAGGAAGCUGCUCUCUUACCAGCCAACGUCUACAUAAAGAAAAUGGUUCAUUUUGCUAUGGGAAGUGUCAGUGAGGUAGAGCGGGUAGUCAACGAAGACAGCACAGCUUCUCAGCUUAACAGAAGUCAUGUGCUAAGGAAAAGGCUGCAUGAGAAAAUAUCGGACACCUCACCACUGUACUCCCAGAUGAAUUUUCACCAAGACAAAGGGUCCAGAUUAAUGAAUUACAGUCAGUCAACAGAAGAUUAUAGACAACUCUCUGUGGACUACAGUGACUCUAAUAGUAUUUCUGAAAGUACAUCUUUGAUACUGUCUAACCGAGGACACAAGAGAGGGAGAGUUCCACAGACACACAGGUCAUGGGACCCCACUCUUAGUGGGUCAAGGACACAAAGUAGCUACAAGCUCUUCAUAAACAGCCAUAUCCAGCCCUGCAUUGCCAUUUUACUGGAGUUACAGUUUUCAGGUCCAGAAUUUGUUAUUUUGUCUAGUGAACCACCAGUGACCUUACAGCUACCUGGAUCAAUUGUGACUAAAAAAGGGAAAUCCUAUUUGUCCCAAAGGGAUCUCAAUGUCAUUCUACUCAGUGGGCAGUGCCUUGAGGUGCAAUGUGACAUCAAGUCCAAGGCAAGAGACGUUUUCAACACCGUGGUGGCGUAUGCAAACUUGGUGGAACAUUUCUACUUUGGCUUGGCUUACCUGAAAGGUAAAGAAUUCUUCUUUUUGGAUGAGGAGACCAAACUCUACAAAGUGGCCCCAGAUGGCUGGAAUGACCAACCCAAGAAAAAAACAUCCAUCAUUAAUUUCACACUUUUUCUAAGGAUAAAAUUCUUUGUCAAUCACUUUAAUAUCAUCCAGCAUGGCUUGACAAGGCAUCAGUUUUACCUUCAGCUUCGUAAAGAUAUUUUGGAGGAGCGAUUAUAUUGCAAUGAUGAGACUGCCCUGAAACUUGGUGCUUUGGCUUUACAGGCAGAGCUUGGCAAUUAUGCUCCUGAGAUGCAUGGAAAGAGCUAUUUUCGUGUUGAAGACUACAUUCCAGCAAGCCGAAUAGAGAAAAUGACCCUGGCGUAUGUACAGCGGGAGCUUGCUAAAUUACAUCGUAUGAAUCGUUCCCUAUUUGAGGAUGAAGCUGAACUAGAAUUUUUAAAGGUGACUCAGCAACUUCCUGAAUAUGGAGUUUUAUUCUACCGUGUGUCCCAAGAGAAGAAAGGAGCAGGCGGAGACAUCAUCCUGGGAAUCUGUGCCAAAGGCAUCAUUGUUUAUGAAGUCAAAAAUCAAACAAGAAUUGCCAGCUUAAGAUUCCAGUGGCGUGAAACAGAGAGAAUUUCAGCUCACAGAAAAAAGUUCAUGAUUGAAAGCAGCUUCAGUGGCAAGAAACACACCUUCAUUACUGAUACACAAAAGACAUGUAAAUAUUUACUGGACCUCUGCUCUGCCCAGCACAAAUUCAAUGCACAGAUGAAUUCUAGGCAGCUUCGGCAAACAUCAUCAGAGGAAAGUAAAUUUGUGGAAAUAGACAAAUCAUAUGCAGCUCAGCAUGAACACCUUGCCCUGAUUCAGAGACUGUCUCGUUCAGAGAACGUGCUCUAUGGAGCAAACCUGGAAAACCUUUCUGCUGGGAUGAUGAGCAAAUCUUGUGAUAACCUCAGUGUGGAAACCAACAACAGGACUAGACACAAAAGCAAUCUUGGCAGAUCCACAUCAGGUCUAUCCCAGUCAGAAAUGCACAUCAAUUUGAAUGGAAAGCAAAGGAGUUAUGACUACCUGUCUACCCAUUCAACUCAGAACACAAUCAGUGCACCUGGAUCACCAGCAAUCCAAAAAGAAGCUUUACUAAGUGGUCUAGAAAGAGAAAUAAUUUGUGUCAAUCUAAAACGUGACCCUAAGAAUGGAUUUGGUUUUGUAAUUAUUGGAGGAGAAAAUGUAGGAAAAUUAGACCUCGGUAUCUUUAUCGCUUCAAUUAUCCCUGGGGGACCUGCAGACAGAGCUGGAAAUAUCAAACCAGGAGGACGACUCAUCUCUGUGAAUAAUACUAGUCUUGAGGGUGUUUCAUUUAAUACUGCAGUUAAAAUCAUACAGAAUUCUCCUGAUGAAGUGGAGCUCAUCAUCUCUCAACCCAAAGACAUAUGUGAAGAAGGACUAAAUGAAGAAAAGAAUCUAUCAAGAGGAAACAGCACCAGUGGAUCUGAGAUCUCUUGUGCAGACAACAGUAGAAAAAAGAUUCAGGAUUGUCAUACAGCUGUCCCCAAAGAACAGGACAUAAACGUGGAUGAACUUGAGAAGGCCCUUUCCUGGAGUUUAGUACCAAAUUUGGGCCCUAGGAUUCCAGUUCCUUCAGCUGAUAGCCUGGAUGUGGAGGAAGCUGAUUCUUCGAACUUACCAUCUCCAUCUGAAACUAACUCAAAGGAAAUCUAUUCUGUGGAGCUCAUCAAAGAAGAUGGAACUUUUGGAAUCAGUGUGACUGGUGGAAUUAACACUAGCGUGCGUCACGGUGGGAUAUAUGUGAAGUCAAUUAUUCCCAUGGGACCAGCUGAUAAGGACGGACAAAUAAAGAUAGGUGAUCGUCUACUGGAAGUAGAUGGCAUAAGCCUCUGUGGCAUCACCCACAAACAGGCUGUGGAACACCUGAAGAAGUCUGGUCAGAUUGCCAAGCUGGUUCUAGAAAGGGGAGACUACCAAUCGGCAGAGCCAUGCCUGACUGCUAAUGACAGAAAGGAGGACCAAUGUGCAGUUGUUUCUGUAGCAACAUCCUUCACAGAUGGUACCAAGGACUACUUCUUUUUGACAGAUGAUAAUAUAUUUGAAGUCAAAUUGACAAAGAAUUCAGGAGGCCUCGGCUUUAGUGUUCUGCAAAUGGAAGGAGAUGGUUGUGAACACCUCGGAGGAUCUAUCAUCAGGAUCAAAAGACUGUUUCCAGGGCAGCCAGCUGAAGAGAAUGGUGAAAUUGAAGUUGGAGACAUCAUUUUAGCUGUGAAUGGGAAACCUAUUGAAGGACUCUUGUAUCAGGAUGUACUGCACUUGUUGAGAGGAGCUCCUCCAGAGGUUGUUCUGCUACUUUGCAGACCACCAAAAGGUGUUCUUCCAGAAAUAGAGCAGAGUGCCAUGGUGCUCUUGACUGUUUUCUAUGGUCAGUCACACAGAAGUCAAAUCUCGAAGCUACUUCUACACAAUGAGGAGAAUAUAGACACAAAGCUGAGACAUGAUAUGAAAAGAAAUAAAAAGGAGCCACGUCUAGCAAAAGAAAAGAAUAUUGGGGAAAGUGAAAUUGUGUAG